AUGGCACCCGGUCUCAUGUCCUCUGCCGCGGAGGGCGUCUUCAACGCACAGGCUGUCGAGGCAAAGUCGGCUGCCGUAGCCGAUGGUGGCGCCAAGGAAGGCCUCGGAGGCGGCAAGACCUUCGAAGGUCAGUCCAAGCUGCCCCACCUUCCCAUCCCUAGUCUAGAGGACACUUGCCAACGCUAUCUCUCGAGUCUGCAGCCGCUUCAGACAGCAGAGCAGCAUGCAACCACCAAAUCCGUCGUCGAGGACUUCCUCAAGAAUGACGGCCCCGCCAUUCAGAAGCAGCUUCAAGAGUAUGCCAGUACUCGGGCCAGCUACAUCGAAGAGUUCUGGGACGAGAGCUACCUCCAGGCCUCCGACUCGGUCGUGCUCAACCUCAACCCCUUUUUCAUCCUCGAAGACGAUCCCACCCCUACACGAGGAAACCAGCUGAUGAGGACCGCCAACCUCAUCCUCGCCAGUUUAGCGUUCAUCCACGAUCUGCGCACUGGCGUGCUCGAGCCAGACAGCGUCCGAGGUACCCCGCUGGACAUGUUCCAGUACACGCGCCUCUUUGCCACCUCCCGUAUCCCCACUGCCAACGGCUGCAGGAUGGAGGUCGAGCCCGAGUCGCGCCACAUUGUCGUGAUGCGCAGAGGCCAGAUCUACUGGUUCGAAGCGCUCGACGAAGAACACCGCCCCUUGCUCACCGAACGUGCCAUGCUCGGCAACCUUCAAGCCAUUAUGCGAGACGCCGACAAGAUCAAGAUCGAAGACGUAGCAAAGGGCUCUGUAGGCAUCUUGACCACCGAAAAGCGACCCAUCUGGUCCAUGUACCGCGAGCAUCUGCGGGAGGAUGCGCACAACCGCAAGUGCCUCGAAGUCGUCGACUCGGCUCUGUUCGUCGUGUGCAUGGACGACUCGGAGCCUGCCGACGCCGCCGAGCUGGGCAACAACAUGCUCUGUGGCACCUACAAGCUCCAACGCGGCAUCCAGACGGGCACUUGCACCAACCGAUGGUACGACAAGCUCCAGAUCAUCGUCUGCGCCAACGGCACCGCUGGUAUCAACUUUGAACACACGGGCGUCGAUGGCCACACGGUGCUGCGCUAUGCUGCCGAUGUCUACACCGAGCUCAUCAUGCGCUUUGCUAAGUCUAUUAACUCGGCGACCAAGAGCCUCUUCAAAGCCAAAGCCAGUCCCUUUGCUAAAGGAUCGGGCAAGAAGGCCAACGGCACCACCAGCGAGAUCGACGCGCAAAAGGCGCAAGACGUCGACCAGGCCACGGCACCCAAGAAGCUCGAGUGGAACCUGACCAACAAGCUUACUGACGGCAUCCGAUACGGCGAGACACGGCUGUCGGACCUCAUCUGCCAGAACGAGUGCCAGGUGCUCGAGUUCGACCAGUACGGCAAGAACUUUAUCACUCGCCAUCGCUUCUCGCCCGAUGCGUUUGUACAGAUGGCGUUCCAGGCGGCCUACUACACGCUCUACGGUCGGUGCGAGACCACCUACGAGCCGGCCAUGACCAAGGCCUUCCUGCACGGACGCACCGAGGCGAUCCGCACUGUGCAGCCGCACUCGGCCAAGUUUGUGGAGACCUACAUCUCGACGGAUGCGACCAUCGAGGCCAAGAUUGACGCGCUGCGCAAGGCGUGUGACGGCCACGCGAAGUUGAGCAAGGCGUGUGCUAGCGGUCAAGGGCACGAUCGUCAUCUGUAUGCGCUGCACAACUUGUGGAAGAAGAACCAGGAGUCGUCGGCGACCAAGCUGGCGCCUCCCGCCAUCUUCACAGAUGCAGGCUACGCCAAGCUCAAUCACACGGUCGUGUCGACGUCCAACUGCGGAAACCCGGCGCUGCGCAUGUUCGGGUUCGGGCCUGUGGUCCCCGACGGUUUCGGCAUCGGCUACAUCAUCAAGGAUGACGGCAUCACGGUCUGUGCCUCCUCCAAGCACCUGCAGACCAAGCGCUUCCUCGACACGCUCCAGGCGUACCUGCUGCAGACGCAGCAGAUGAUCAUCGAAAUGUACAAGGCCGCCAACGUGCGCUCGCGCUCGACGUACAUCGACCAUGCCGGCGUCGAGUGCGACGUCCGAACCGGCCUCCCCAUCGGCAGCAAGAGCAAUGGCUACUCGCAGGACUACGACACCCUCACCCCCAACAGCACCGUCGGCCAAAGCGGUUACUCGUUCUGGGGCGACGACAGCAAGUCGGCCGCUGCUGCCGCUGCCGCAAAGGCCGACGAGGGACAGGCCGACGCCGAAAAGAGGAGAAAGAGGAUCGCUAGUGUCGGCAGGACCAUUCUGUAUGACGAGUACAACUGA